GCAGAACCGCUCCUUCUAAACGACACGUGCUAAAAAGAACACGCGUCCCACUCCCCUGCGCCUUCAUCAUUCCAAUCCCAUAACCGCCCGCCGAAUAUCACCAAUAUGCCCAUCACCUACUCGACCAUUUUCCACAGACAUUUCCAUCCCAUACCCGUCUUCCCCAAAAUGAUGAACAUACUCGCCCUCGCUCUCAUCCUCACUUCCAUCGCCACCGCUUCCUUUUUCUCUCCUCCUUCCGACUCAAACCGCCAAACCAUCUGCGAAAGCCACCGCUUGAUAGUCCUCCAGUUCGAGCGCCAGAUCCCACAAUCCUCCUCCUUCCCAUCAAGCGCAGGGGAAGUCGCCGGCGAAACCAAUAAGAAGCCCCUCGACGCCGGGCAAGACCUCUCUCAGCCUCCGAAGGCCAAAAUCUCUUCCCUCUUCACAGACACUAAGCAAAAGGCUAUCCAGUUAGAAGAAUCUGUCUCCAAUACCGUUAAAUCUGCCGCCAAAAAGCUCAAACAUAAGGCUUCCCAAAUUGAAGAAACCAUUAAAUCCUCCGCCGAGGAGGCCAAGAAAAAGGCCACCCGAAUCGAAGAAUCUGCCUCCGUUGCUUUUAAAACCGCCGCCGAGACCGCGCUGGAGGCCGGCCAAGAAGUCGCUGGAAACAUCUCUUAUUCCGCGGCGAAGACAGCCGAAUCAACGAAGGACAUCCGGCGCCUGGCUUGGGAGAUUGGGCGCGACCUGGCAGCGUUUGUGAGCGCGGGCGUAGUGAAUACCGUGCGGUCGGCGGCCGCGGUGAUCCACUUGCUAGGGUUUGCGACGGCGUAUGGCACGUGCGUGUGGGUGACGUUCGUGUCGAAUCACGUGCUGGCGUCGGCGAUGCCGCGACAGCAGUUUGGGAUGUUGCAGAGCCGGAUAUAUCCGGUUUAUUUCAGGUUUUUGGGUGUGGCCGUCGGAGUGGCGCUCGCCGGGCAUGUUCUGAAGGGAAAAGAUAGAGUGCAGGCAUAUAAUUUGAUGGCAAUGCUGGCGUUUGUGUUGUUGAAUGUGUUCUGGUUGGAGCGCAAAGCAACCAAGGCUAUGUUUGAGAGGAUGAAGUUGGCGAAAGAAGAAGGAAGAGGGAGGGAUGUAGCAGAUGUUGUUACAGAGCUGGCAACGCCCGGAGCGCAGCCGACGGCCGCCACCACACCACUUGCCAAUGCUUCAACCUCGAAGAAGAGACUGAAGAGUCUCAACAACUACUCUUCUUUACUGAAUGUGCUCACUCUAAUGGGUUUAAGCUGGCAUCUUGUCAGCCUUGCUUAGACUUUCGGUUCUUCUGAUUCAGAG